CAGCCAUAUUGACGCGGCCAGCCGGGGUGGGUCCGGGAAAGGCACGCCCAGGGAAAGAGCCAAAGCCGCUGGAGCAACCGCGCCGCAGCAAAAGCCGCUCCACCCGCUUGAGGAGAGAGGACGCGCCUACGAGAUCUCCUGGAAAGCAAAGAGGAUACCCAUCAGCUGCUGUAUGAAUAUUUGGCCUUGGAUCAACAGGAAAACCUCAGGAACCAAAAAUGCCGAAGCCGGUCAAUGUUCGAGUUAUCACAAUGGAUGCAGAACUGGAGUUUGCUAUCCAGCCUAACACUACAGGGAAGCAGCUGUUUGACCAGGUAGUGAAGACUAUAGGUUUGCGCGAAGUAUGGUACUUUGGUCUUCAAUAUAUGGAUAAUAAAGGUUUCCCAACCUGGCUGAAGCUUGAGAAAAAGGUGUCUGCUCAAGAAAUCAGGAAAGAGAACCCUCUCCAAUUCAAAUUUCGGGCCAAAUUUUUUCCUGAGGAUGUUUCUGUAGAGUUGAUCCAGGAUAUCACGCAGAAACUGUUCUUCUUGCAAGUGAAAGAAGGAAUUCUUAGUGACGAGAUCUAUUGCCCACCUGAAACUGCUGUCCUUCUUGGAUCUUAUGCUGUGCAAUCCAAAUUUGGAGAUUAUAAUAAAGACCUGCACAAGGCUGGAUAUCUCAGUUCUGAACGCCUGGUCCCCCAGCGAGUAAUGGAUCAACAUAAGCUAUCUAGAGAACAAUGGGAAGAAAGAAUUCAAGUAUGGCAUGCUGAACAUGGUGGAAUGCUUAAAGAAAAUGCCAUGCUGGAAUAUUUGAAGAUUGCUCAGGAUCUCGAAAUGUAUGGAAUCAACUAUUUUGAAAUAAAAAAUAAGAAAGGAACAGACCUUUGGUUGGGAGUAGAUGCACUUGGGCUCAACAUUUAUGAAAAGGAGGACAAGUUAACCCCUAAAAUUGGCUUCCCCUGGAGUGAAAUCAGAAAUAUUUCUUUCAAUGAUAAGAAGUUUGUUAUAAAACCAAUUGACAAGAAAUCACCAGACUUUAUAUUUUAUGCUCCUCGCCUAAGAAUCAACAAGAGAAUCCUGCAGCUGUGCAUGGGAAAUCAUGAGCUGUAUAUGCGCCGUAGGAAACCUGAUACCAUUGAGGUCCAGCAAAUGAAAGCCCAGGCCCGUGAAGAGAAGCACCAGAAAGAGCUAGAAAGAGAGAUGUUGGAAAAUGAGAAGAAGAAAAGAGAGACAAUUGAGAAGGAAAAAGAGCAGAUGAUGAAAGAGAAAGAAGAGCUGAUGAUGAGGCUGCAGGAGUAUGAAGUCAAGACACAGAGAGCAGAAAGAGAGCUCUCAGACCAGAUCGAAAAAGCCAGGCAGCUGGAGGAGGAAAGAACCAGAGCCCAGGAGGAAGCAGAGCGUCUGGAGAACGAGCGUUUGAUGGCUCUGCAAGCUAAGGAAGAACUGGAAAAGCAGGCUGUUGACCAGAUGAAGAGUCAGGAGCAGCUGGCUACAGAACUUGCAGAAUACACAGCCAGAAUUGCUCUUCUGGAAGAGGCAAGGAAGCGUAAAGAGUCUGAGGUUGAAGAAUGGCAGCACAGGGCUAAAGAAGCCCAAGAUGAUCUGGUGAAAACAAAAGAAGAAUUACACCUGGUAAUGACUGCUCCACCUCCUCCGCCUCCACCUGUAUAUGAACCAGUGAACUAUCAUGUCCAUGAUAAUCUUCAAGAUGAAGGAACUGAGUCCUCUGGCUACAGUGCAGAAUUCUCGAGUGAAGGCAUACUGAACGAUCGUAAUGAAGAAAAGCGAAUUACUGAAGCCGAAAAGAAUGAGCGUGUCCAAAGACAGCUGAAGACGCUGACUGAUGAACUAGCUCAGGCCAGAGAUGAAGACAUGAAGACUCAGAACGACCUCAUCCACACAGAGAACAUGCGACAAGGCCGAGACAAGUACAAGACACUGAGACAGAUACGACAAGGGAACACCAAGCAGAGAAUUGAUGAAUUUGAAGCUAUGUAAAUGUACUUUCAAUGAAGACUCUGGGAAAUGCAGAUUUUGAAUGUUGACGUUUCUUCAUGAAAGGUCACUUGCAAAGUCAUACUAGUAAAUAAAGAAAUAAA